AUGUCUUCGACUUCGGUGGGCCCUCCUGUGGACCCCAAAUGGGCGGCCGAGAACAACCUUCCUCGCCUUCUCGCAUUGACGGGCGUUUUCCAUAUCGCCGCACUGACUAGUGUUGCCCUCCGACUAUUUGUUCGAUUGGGCUUACUGCGGUCUCUGGGGAAAGACGACAUUGCCAUUGUACUCGCAGCUCUUGGGGCUCUGGGUGGGUGGAUCUGCUUUAUUCUUCAGGGAAACCAUGGCUUUGGAAGACACGCCAAGGUGGUUUCCAAGGAAGAUAUGGAGGAGUUCACUCACAUAGGCUUCUUUGGCAGUAUCAUUUCUGCCAUUGGUGCUCUUGGGCUAUUGAAGAUCUCCAUCGCUCUCUUUCUGCUGAGACUGAAAAAUAACAACAUGUGGAAGUGGUAUUCGCGCUGCCUAUGGGCACUGAUAGCUUUGGUAACAAUCUACACGAUUGGCGCAUGGCUCAGCUUCUUCCUGUAUUGCAAGCCCAUGGAAGCAAUGUGGACAAGGAAAGGUGUCUGCUACAGCCAGAAGAUGUUUAUCGCGUUCGCACUGACGAACACGGCUUUGAACAUUUUUACUGAUGUCUGCUUUGCGACUCUGCCAAUUCCAAUCAUCUGGAGUUUACAAAUGUCGCGGACUACGCGUAUCAACUUGAUCGGCGUCCUCAGCCUCGGAUACAUUGCCGUUGCCCUAGGAAUAGUAAAAGCGAGUUACCAAGUCAAACGAGAUCCAGAUAGGACAUUUAACCAGCACUUAAACGUCUACGGCUUCCUCCAACUCAACGUCGGCAUAAUCGCCGCCUGCAUCCCUACCCUCAAACCCCUCCUGCGCUCCACCCCCUCAUCUCGCACCCCGCGCCGCAGCGCCUACAACGACAUCGAGCACGCCGAAACCAUUGGCAGCGGCCGCGCCCACAAACCGCGCGCCAGCUUCCUCAACACCACAAAGGCGUCGCCCACCACCACCACCUUGACCAUUGACGAAACCUUUGAAAUGGCAAAUCGCGGGAGCUUGCGUGACACGCUGGCGGGCGGCGGCGGCGGGCCGAAUGCCCAGAAGAAUGUCGUGUAUAGUGGUAGGAAUGAGGUGCCUACGAGUAGUCAGGAGAGGAUACUGCAUGCGCAGGUGGGGGGCGAGGAUGCCAGUAAGAUUCUUUGUACCACCGAGGUGGUGGUGGAUAGCGUGGAGAGGGUGAGGAGGAAGCGUUGA